AUGGCUACCAAGAAAGAAGAGACCUUCUAUGAGCUCUACCGCCGUACUAGUCUGGGCAUAUGUCUCACAGAUGCUCUGGACGAUCUCAUUACGAAUGACCGUAUCAAUCCUCAACUCGCCAUGAAGAUUCUGGCUAAUUUUGAUCGUGUCGUGGCCGAGACUUUACAAGAGAAAGUCAAAGCCAGGCUUCAAUUUAAGGGAGCUCUCGACAACUACCGUUUUUGCGACGACGUAUGGACCUUUGUGAUCAAGAAUAUCAACUUUAAGCUGGAUGGUGGUAAUCAGACCAUCCAGGCCGACAAAGUCAAGAUUGUUAGUUGCAAUGCCAAACGCCCUGGAACAGAUGCUUAG